UUCCCGCCAAAGAGAAAGAGGAAAAAGAGAGAGAAUGAGCGAAAACCAAAUGCUUCAGAAAGAAGCUUCGCGAUCUUCAAAGCCUACCAGAAUCAAGAAGAAAUUCAGUGCUAGAACUUUGAUCUUCGAUUCAUCUCCUGAGCUUUCUAAGCAGAGUCGCAAUGGAGACGACAUUGCCAAUAGCAUCACGCGUAGUCUGCCUGAUUCAGAUCUAUCAGUUUCACCUGAAAGCUCGCUUCACUCCGAGCUAACUCAGUCGUCGGAAGUCAAAUUAGACCUCGUCUCCGAAGCCGUUGGCGAUUCGACAAGCGUUAACUCCAUGGAGGCUGAGAUCGUCAUUGGUCUUCUCAGGAAAGCCGUGUCUCAGGUGUUGAACUCCCCAGACAUGGCGGAUUCUCAAUCUAGGAAGCUUCUGGAAGCACUGAUCGAUAUUGUGCUUGAGAUGCUCCAAACGGCUCCUGACGAGGGAGACCGAAUCACCAAACUCCUCCAUGCCAAAACUCGCAUUGUCUUGGUCUUCAUCUUGCUCUGCAUCUUUGCCACGGCGGUUACUCGGAUCUUCAGCUCUGGAUCGCAAAGCUCUUUCGGCAAACCUCUUCCAACUUGAAAUCUUGCCGUUGCCGGUAUAGUCAUCGUUGUGUGGUAUAGGUUCGUUGAACAGCUUUAUUAAUACUAAUUGCUGGUUUGCUUAAUUUUUUGAAGUUUGUAUAAGGCACAUAUCAUAUAGGAGCUAAACAAAGAGGAGGAAGGGGGCAUAUUAGUUUAGAGCUAAAUAUUUUGAUCAAUAUAAAAUAGGAA